CAAUAUAUGGUUAUUUGUCAGCUCCCUCCCUUCUUUGUGCCGACCCUGUGAAAAAAGAAACCAAAGCUAAACAAAGUAACAAACAUUAUUUUUGCAUCUCAAAUCAACAGUAGGAUAUGAAAAUAAAAAGUGAAACAGAGUAAUUGUGUUGGUUAUUUGCCCCAUCUUGCGCUGUGUUGCCCUUGAAUAUGUGGUAUCAUUUGUUUGGAUUCUGGAGGAGAUAAAUAUUUUCCAAGGAAUAAGCAACUUGCUUUGCAAUAGUUUAGCGUUUCUUUGUUGAUUUUUUUUACUGUCAUUUAUCAUCUGUUUGGGCUGAAUAAAUUAUUGUUUUGUUUGUUUCUACUGAACGUGUCUACAUUGUUUUCUAAUUCUGAUGGCUUGUGUAUCAAACCUUGUGAAUGUCAAUGUGCUGCUAUUUCUAAUGAUUUUCGAGGUGGUUCUCCUGGUAGUACAGCCAACACCACAUUGCUGUAGUCCUUUGAGGUUAGGACUUUUGAAAGUCAUUUUGGUUUACAAAUGUUCAUUGAAGGAGACAAGUUAUUUUUGUAUCAUAGUCUAAAGUGAGAUCGUUACAUUGUAAUAAUUUUUUAAUGAAAUACGAAUGUUGUUCUUAGGAGUGUAUGGAACAGAUAAUUUGAUAAAAUAUAUUGUGCUUGAUUUAUUUUAGAUGCCCACAGCAUUUUUUUUACAUGUCAUUUCAAAUAAGUAGAUUGGAUACUACGAAUUUGAGUGCAUAACAAUAUCUGUAGUUCUGUGCUACAAAUUACCUUUAAGUAAAUAAAGGCUAGUAAAUGAAUAAAAAGAUUUAAAAUUGAUUUUAGUGGCCAUUUAAAUUGUUAACAUUUGUCAGUAUAAGUUGAGGUUUUUAGCGACCAUAAAUUAAGUUUUUACCAGCAUUCUUUAUAAUAGUCGGUAAAACUUUUACCGACAUUGAAUACAAUGACUAAUAAUUUUUUGUCGGUAAAAUUUUUAAUGGCUAUUUUUAUUGCCAUUAAAAAUUAUUUUUGUUGUAGUGAUUGAAAGAAAUGCAGGCUUGGUUUACGGUCUUGGAAAACAUAAGAAAAUACUAGCCACCUCAAAUAAAACUAUCCCUCUGACGUUACCACCUUAAGCAUAACUUUUCACUGAGCGACAAUACUCAAAACUUUAUCAUCAUACUCUCAAGGACGAAGCAAUACACACACACACACACCAUCUUUGGUGACAAAGGAAGAGAAUUUCCAAGGAGUUUUCUGGACCAGACAUUGGUUUGAAAACCAUCCAGACCUCUUUUUUCUUUCUUUCUUUUUUUUGUCUAAAAGAAACAUCUCUCCCGAGGAAUAGAACCUCAUAUAUUGCAAAAGCAAUGGAUUCUCAACCCCAUCGUCAAUUACAUGUCAUUUUUGUUCCAUAUCCAACUCCAGGCCAUAUGAUUCCAAUGGUGGACACAGCAAGGCUAUUUGUCAAGCAUGGCGUUAGUGUUACUAUUAUCACUACCCAUGCUAAUGCUUUAACUUUCCAAAAAGUCAUAGAUAGUGACUUCAGUUGUGGAUACCCCAUCAGAACUCAAUUGCUUCCAUUCCCUGGCGCUCAAGUUGGUCUCCCUGAUGGGGUUGAAAACAUCAAAGAUGGCACUUCCCUUGAAAUGUUGGGUAAACUUGCUCGUGGAAUAUCACUGCUCCAAGAUCAAAUUGAACUUCUGUUUCAUGACUUGCAACCAGAUUGUAUAGUGACUGAUAUGUGUUAUCCUUGGACAGUCGAAUCUGCUGCAAAACUAGGCAUUCCAAGGAUUUACUUUUACAGUUCAAGCUACUUUUCUAACUGUGCUAGUCAUUUUAUCAGGAAGCAUAGACCUCAUGAGAGCUUAGAAUCUGAUACUGAGAAGUUUACAAUCCCUGGUUUUCCUCAAACCAUAGAGAUGACUCCUCUUCAGCUAGCAGAAUGGAUAAGGACUAAGACUCCUUCCACAGUCUAUUUUAACUCAAUUUUUGAGUCAGAGAUCAGAAGUUAUGGGACACUAUCCAAUAGCUUUCAUGAACUUGAAAGUGAUUAUGAGCAAAUUCACAAAAGCACAAUGGGGAUCAAAACAUGGAGUAUAGGACCAGUUUCAGCAUGGGGUAACAAGGGUGAUGAACAAAAAGACAACAGAGGACACAAAAUGGACCUUGUAGAGGAGCCAGAAUGGCUAAAUUGGCUUAACUCGAAGCAAAAUGAAUCCGUACUUUAUGUAAGUUUUGGAAGCCUAACAAGGCUCCCUCAUGCUCAGAUUGUUGAACUUGCUCAUGGGCUUGAAAAUUCUUGUCAUAAUUUCAUCUGGGUCAUUAGGAAAAGGGAUGGAGAUGAGAGUAAUGAAGAAAGUUUCCUUCAAAAGUUUGAGCAAAGGAUGAAAGAAAGCAAGAAGGGUUUUAUCAUAUGGAACUGGGCACCUCAGCUGUUGAUAUUAGACCACCCUGCCAUAGGAGGGAUUGUAACUCAUUGUGGUUGGAACUCUAUUCUUGAAAGCUUGAAUGUAGGAUUGCCAAUGAUCACAUGGCCUAUGUUUGCAGAACAGUUUUACAAUGAGAAGUUGAUAGUUGAUGUUUUGAAGAUUGGUGUCCCAGUGGGAGUGAAAGAAAACAAGUUUUGGACAAGUAUGGGUGAAGAGGCAAUGGUGAGAAGGGAAGAGAUUGUGAAGGCUGUGGUGCUUUUGAUGGAAAAUAGCCAAGAGAGCAAAGAAAUGAGAAGGAGUGCAAGAAAGCUUGGUGAUGCUGCCAAGAGGACUAUAGGGGAGGGUGGACACUCUUAUAAUAACUUGAUUCAGUUGAUUGAUGAGCUUAAAUCAUUGAAGAUAUCAAGAGCAUUCAGCACAAACAUAUUAGAUUCUUGAAAUGGAGCAUUAAUCUAGUUGCUCUCGGAGGUGCAGCGGGUGAUUUUAUGAACCGCUUUUAUUUUGUAACAAUGAUUCACACAGUUGUUGAUUCAAUUUGCUAUUGCAGUCAAACCCUUUUAAUGUUUU